AUGACACGGGGCCGCCGGGCCACCGUCAGCCUGGUGCUGCUGGGGCUGGCACUGGCCCUGGCCAUCAUUGUGCCAGCGGUGGUCCUGUCCCGCCACCACGCCCCCUGCGGCUCCCACGGCUUUGCCCACGCAGCCGUAGCCGCAGACUCCAGAGUCUGCUCGGACAUCGGACGCUCUGUCCUACAGCGGCGUGGGUCGCCGGUGGAUGCUGCCAUCGCAGCCCUGGUCUGCACAAGCGUCGUCAACCCUCAGAGCAUGGGCCUGGGCGGAGGGGUCAUCUUCACCAUCUACAAUGCAAGCACAGGGAAGGUGGAGAUCAUCAACGCCAGGGAGACAGUGCCUGCCAGCCCCGCCCCAGACCUUUUGGACCAGUGUGAGCGGGCCCAGCCACUGGGCACAGGGGCCCAGUGGAUCGGGGUUCCUGGGGAGCUGUGGGGCUACGCCGAGGCCCACCGUCGCCAUGGCCGCCUGCCCUGGGCCCAGCUGUUCCAGCCUACCAUUGCAUUGUUGCGUGGGGGCCACCGUGUGCCCCCUAUCUUAGGCCUCUUCCUGCAAAGCAGCCUCCUGCAGCCUGCCCUGAACGCGUCAUCCCUGAGGCAGCUGUUCUUCAAUGGGACGGAGCCCCUGAAGCCUCAGGACCCACUGCCGUGGCCUGCACUGGCCACAACCCUGGAGACUGUGGCCACAGAGGGUGUGGAGGCCUUCUAUACCGGGGCUCUGGCCAAGGUGCUGGUGGAAGACAUCGCCAAGGAAGGGGGCCGGCUGACCCUGCAGGACCUGGCCGCCUUCCGCCCCGACGUGGUAGACAGCCUGGAGCUGCCCCUGGACGACUACACCUUGUAUUCACCGCCGCCGCCAGGAGGGGGCGCAGUGCUCAGCUUCAUCCUCAACGUGCUGAGAGGGUUCAACUUCUCUGCGGAGACUGUGGCCACAGCUGAGGGACGUGUGGACAUGUACCACCGCCUGGUGGAGACACUCAAGUUUGCCGAGGGACAGAAGUGGCGCCUGAGGGACCCUCACAGCCACCUAGAGACCCAGAAUGCCUCCCAGGAGCUGCUGGGGAAAGCCUUGGCCCAACAUAUCCGUCAGCAGAUUGAUGCCCGGGGUGACCACCCGCUCAGCCACUACCACCUGCCUGGGCACUCGGGCCAGUGGACGGGCACAGCCCACGUGUCGGUGCUGGGGGAGGAUGGCAGCGCUGUGGCCGCCACCAGCACCAUCAACAUGCCCUUUGGCUCCAUGGUGUACUCCCCGCGGACGGGCAUUCUGCUCAACAAUGAACUCCUGGACUUAUGUCAGAGACGCCCGCCGGGCUCUGGCAUCACCCCCCCACCUGGUGAGAGGGUCCCCAAGGCUCCUGAUUCGUGUCUGUCCCCAGUUCCAGGUGAGCGACCCCCAUCAUCCAUGGUACCUUCCAUCUUGGUCAACACGGCCCAGAGGUCGAAGCUGGUGAUUGGCGGGGCUGGGGGUGUGCUUAUCAUCCCUGCCGUGGCUCAGGCCAUCCUGAACAAGCUAUGGCUUGGCUUUGACCUGGAAGCCGCCAUCUCAGCUCCCAUCCUGCAUGUGAACGGCAUGGGCCGCGUGGCGUAUGAGCCCACAUUUGACAAGGAUGUGCAGACAGGGCUCCGAGACAGAGGCCAGAACAAGACCAGCAUAUUCUUCCUGAACGUGGUCCAGGCUGUGUCCCAGGAGGGGGACUGUGUGUUCGCUGUGUCGGAUCCGAGGAAGGAUGGGGAGGCCGCAGGCUACUGA